AUGAGCACGUGCAAAGGCGUAGUCAAGGAUGUCCAAAAGCAGGCAGAAAUGCUGAACAUGAAGCUUUCAGGUGAAAUAGCGGAGUCAAUAGCUCAGAAAACAGAGUGCUUUAUUGUCGGGCUUCUUAAAGAGGCUACUGAGAUUUGCAAUGAGAACAAACGAAAGAUUGUGAUGCCAGAGGAUAUAAGGCAGACAAUAAGCAGAAGAGGAUUAGAGAUACUCUAUCCAUUAUUUGAUGAAUAA